AUGGACCACUUUCAUACGUUGAUUGAACGCUUGUCCCUCACCCUAGCCAUGCGAGAUCGAACGCAAUUGCUGUUCCACUCCCCUCCCCCUCCCCAUACCAGUUUCACAUCUCCCCCAUGUUCACCCAGUCCCUGGGCCCUUCUCUAUUUCCUUUCCGUUUACACAAGGCCUGCAAAUAGAUACGCAUCCAAGAGCACUAGCGGAGAGACCACAACGGCACGGUACAGGCCAACAGUAGCCUCUCCCACAGUCGCCGCCUCGGCGGUGCCCCCGAGAUUCCAUGUCCCCCGUUAUCUUGGCGAAGGCCUUAGCAAACUUCGAUACGAUUUACGAUACUCUGGAAAUGCAUCAAGUGACGUUCCAAGCGCACAACAGCAACACAUCAGCGACAUAAACGAAGAAGAGUUCACGUGGGACACAAAUUCGACUUGGAUCAAGGAUCAAGCUCUAUGGUUGAACCUCGUCAUUCAAUACCCAGAAACGGCUAAUGUCAGCGGUCUACAAGUCAACCUUUCCCAGAGCGCGAGGUACUUUACUGAAAGUCCAGCAAUAGAGACACGUUUCCCCCUCAAAAAGUUGUUCUCUGUGUUCCGUCACAAGAGUGGCGCUAUCCCAUCGACUGCUACAAGGCGACAGUACAUCUGA